GUUCCAAUGUAAACAUGUGCCGUAACGUACGUUGGUAACUUGGAACCUAAUUAAUGCAAUUAUUUAAGUUAGCAAAUUGAGUGUUUCAGUUUUUCAGGCAAACAAUGUCCGCCUGAGCAGAUAUUUCAUGUGUAGUGACGUAAUUCGAGUAACAUUUGUAGGCUUUCAUAAUCAAAAAUUGUUUGAAAAAAAAAACACAAUAUAUACCUUGCCGCAAGUAAGCAAAAUUUCGUGCAGCACGGUCGACCGCACACUCAGCAUACUGGGUGUAUUUUUUUAGAAGGUCAAAAGUUUUUAAAAAUUCCCUUUGGCAGAUAGCACAAUUCUAACCCUUGAUCUAAAUUACUCGAUGAGGCGGCCAUCACUUCUGCGAGAAAUGAAAACGUUUAAAUAAAUGAUUAACAAUACACGAAUUAACUUUUCAAUUAAUUGGUUUACGCCACACAUUUCAAUGCACGAUUUACAGCAGGCGAGUUCUUAAGGCGUAUCCACUUGAAACAGAUUUUCUGGACUGCACCAGAGGUCAUAAUUUUCAAGGUGUCCGACGAAAUGCACUGGCGUUCCAGUUACUUCUUUUAGGAAAACGCUGUUUUAUGCACUGAAGCACUAAAGAUAUCCUUACGUUGAAUGUAAACGUGAGUGUCGAAAUAAACAAGCGUCGAGCAAAGAUAACACUAUUGCAAGGUCAUGCGGUUAUCAACAGAUACAUCUGCGGCCCUCUCAAAAGCGAGAACGCCAUUUUGCUCAAUGCAUCCCCUAAGAAUGGGAAACAGUUCCGCAUGUGGCGUAGAAAAAAAAUAGAAAACCAAUUUUCACGAAAGCCUGCCUGUCUGCUAUGAAUAAACUUAGUUGCGAGUGACGCACUUUCCUCUCCUGGUCUUAUUACACCGUAUUAAGCAUAAACCAACUAGCGGAGCAACAAGUGUUGAUAGGUAUUCGAGGUUGGUUGGAAAGAACAUGUCCAAUAAAAGAAGUGGCACUUGCAAAGAAGGGUACUUUUGAUAAGAGACAAUGCGUACCUUGCGCCACCCAUUCAUUUUAUUAAUGAUAUUAAUUAAUCGAUGAAUAACUGUAAUACGAAUAACCUGCCUCGGCUCGCGUGUUUGUCAAAUUUAACUGCACCUGUUUCAUGAUCUGCGAUCCCAACCACGCGACUGUCAUAAAAAAAAAAAGAAAAAAACUGGGAACACUGAAAAUAGCGACAAAAAGCGACGCAUGUCUUCGAUAACGUAUACACGUUGCAGUGCAUCCGGCCGACCUCGGUAUGUGCGCACAUGUUUCUUUAGUCUGCUUAUUUUUGUUUUUUUCAUCGUGCGACACUAUGCAGGCAGCGCCAGUGUUCGCCGCGCCUGUGCGGGGCAUAAAUGGACCGAACGCCGAGUCGCAGGUGUCCAGAGACGACGCCGGUCCUGCGCGGCUGACUGCGAACACGAUCGCCGUCGACGUCGUCCGCUGAAACCCGAGGCUCUCGACAUCACCGCGGAGGUAGGAUCGCCGUCUCGCCAGACCAAACGACGCCAAAAAAAAAAAAAAAAGAUACCGAAAACACACACAAAAAAAAAAAUGUCCGCGAACGUGGAGCACGUCACCUUCGGCGUGCUGAUGGCCGCCAACCUGGGGCUGGGCCUGUACUUCGCCUUCUCGCGCCGGGCCCGCAAGGCGCCCACGGCCGACGAAGUGUUCCUCGGCAGCCGCACCAUGGGCACGCUGCCGCUGGCCAUGUCGGUGCUCGCCUCCAUGAUCUCGGCCAUCGGCGUCAUCGGCUUCGGGGCGCACUACUACGCGCACGGCUUCCACUACGCCUGGAGCCUGGUGUCGGCGCCGCUGCUCGUGCCCGUCGUCACGCUCGUCGUCAUUCCGGUCCUGUACAAGCUGCGCGUCACCUCUAUUUUCGAGUACCUGCGCCUUCGAUACGGGAACAAAGUAGGCCUGGGUGCCUGCGGCAUCUACUUAUUUCUCAGCCAAACCAUUGGCGCUGUCGCACUGUUCUCUGCAUCCGUAGCUGCCGCAACAGUUUUUCACCUUCCCAUACAAUGGACUACAUUGGGCAUCGGAGUAGCAGGAACGGUCUACACGGCCUUGGGCGGGCUUCGAGGCGUCGUGUGGACAGACUGCAUGCAGGCCCUAUUAAUUCUGAUGGCGCCUUUGACAGUCAUAGGAAAAAUCAUCUAUGACUCGAGACAUUCGGACGUCUUGCUCAGGCCGCUGAGUGACAUAAACAUGAAGGAAUACGCUUUCAGGAUGGACCUCGACUUCACGAAUGACGAAAACUUUUGGUCGUGCUUUUUGGGCCUGCUCGUCCACAACCUCCUCCGCACCGGCAUGGACCAGAGUGUCGUCCAGAGGUACAUGGCAUCCAGGAACCUCAAGGAGGCGCAAAGGACGAUGUGCAUUGGAGUCGUUCUGAACAUCAUCUACAUGAUCAUCAUCGGAGUGAUGGCGAUGGCCUUGAUUUACUGGUACCGAGAUUGCGACCCUGUGUUGACAGGCGCAAUCGGGAAGUACGACGAGAUUUUGCCUUACUACGUGAAGGAACAUCUUUUUAAUUUCCCAGGUUUUUCUGGUCUUUUCCUAACUGGCGUUGUCAGCGCAGCCACGAGUACAAUAUCUUCCAUUAUCAAUUCUCAAGCCGCUGUCUGCUACAUGGAUGUGGUCUCCACGUUCGUCAAACUCGAAGACCACUCGGCCAGACACUUAACAAAAGGACUAGCAUUUCUCUUCGGAAUUCUCAUGACCGUCUACUCAAUGAUCGUACCCUACUUGGGGUCCGCAGUUCGGGUUGUUGUCGUGAUGCACAACGGAGCGUCCGGUCCGUUUGUCGGGAUGUUUCUUUUGGCUUUCCUAUUUCCGUGGGCGAACAGCAAGGGUGUGGUCGCAGGCACGCUUUUCACAACGGCGUUGCAGUUCUGGCAAAUGUUUGGCAAGAUCUAUUACGGAAUACGGGCACCUCUAAUGCCAGUCACCACGGACUUCUGUCCCGUUAAUUCGACUAUGAUGACAACAGACGCGAUGCGUACGUCAUCGUACUCCGCUGCUCACAGCAACGCCGACGUGUUCCCGUUGUAUCGUUUCUCGUCAAACUGGGGAGUCUUGGCUUCUGCGGGACUCACUAUACUCAUUGGUCUGGUCGUCAGCCUGCUCACAGGCGGGAGGCAAGUAAAGGAGAGCCACACGCGGUUGACAAGUGAUAUUUUUGUCUCUCUGUGGAGGAAAUUGGGCCUGCUACCUCGAUACGAAAAGACAAAGACCUCCGAAAGCCUACCUCAAGAGGACGACGACGCAACGUCGGACACGAAAACAACCUUCACGCUACUUGGCAACGAGAGCUUUGUAUAGAAACGAAGCUUCACAAUACAACACGAUUCGCACUCUGUCAUGUCACACAGGCCACAUGUAGGUAAUUCUCUCUGUUUUUAACGUCUAAUGGCGCUAUAAUUCAGCACGUUACGCGACGUCCCACUGUGCGUGUUCUAUGUAGAAAGUAGCGGGAAUAAAUGGGGAGCAAAUUCAACUUGGUAACCCCAAACUGAC